GGCACGACGAAGACGAGGCCUCGUGCAGAAAAUUGUCCUUUCCGGCUGCUUCACUCCCGAGGACGCUUGUUACGCGAUGCUCGAGUAAUCUGGCAUCCCUCGCUCUUCCAGGAUCUAUUCGCCAAUGUCUUCGACCGAACCCGCGCCCGCACCCGCGCCAGAGCCAGCACCAGCGCCAGCCGCUGCACCUGCUGCUGCUGCUGCUGCGCCGAAGGGAAUGCGGAAAAAUGGCAAGAAUUGGCACGAUGUGAAAACUCCCUUCCGUCCCACAAAGGGUCAAACCUCCUAUGCACGACGACUCGAGGAGCGAAAGGCCAUGGCUGCUAUAAAAGAAAAAGAGAAGGAAAUGAAGGAAGAGAAGGAAGCCGAGCGACAGCGACGUAUCCAAGCCAUCAAGGACAGACGGGCUGCGAAGGAAGAAAAGGAGAGGUACGAAAAGAUGGCAGAGAAAAUGCACCGGAAGAGAGUCGAGAGACGGAAGAGAAGGGAAAAGAGAAACAAGCUCCUGAACUCGUGAUGAUCUUCGAAUGCUCAGCGAUAUCGUUCGUCGAACUGUGGGGCGUUUGGCGUUGUGAAUGGGCCUCCUUUCCUUCCCUUCGGCAGCUUUCAGUCAAUGAUGCUAUAGGCUUCUGGAGGAUAUAAUAGCGCCCUCUAUGGUUUGUCAUAACGCUCUCUCUUCGGAUCGGAUAGCUCGGUCUUUGGUUCUCCAUGCUGCACCAACUUUCUCGGUCGCCGCUCCGAUCGAUCCCGGACAAGGGGAGCGGUCGAAUCCUUUGUCACGAUGAAAGUGGGCUGCUUUGGAUGAUCUAUAUUCGCUAAUGAUUACGCAUAUUUCCACUAAAAGCUCCCCCCUGGAUUCUUCACGGAGGGAAUGGUCGCAUUGUAGCGGGAGACGUUACACAACAAUUAUCUAGAUAUUCGACUCCCCACCUACCUAUCCAUUGUGCGGCUGUACGGUUGGUUGGUUCGCAUCUCAGAAGGGACGGCUUCCCGAACCAGGUGAUCAGGGAUUCAUCCCAGGUCACAUUUCGAGUGGUUGAUUGCCUUGCCCUGCAGGUGAGCUUGAUGUAUAGAAAAUUCUCCAAACAGUCAGAUAAAUUACCGACUUGAUUUGGAGUCGCUGGCCAGCCGCAGUCAUUGCUCUAUAAAAACCUAGUUGCUAGGCUACCCUUUUUUUUUUUUCCUCUAACUUUCUUUUUGUGCUCAUGUGAAUAGAAGUGAGUCGUUUUUUAUCGACAGUUUAUUUUUAGAUGGCAGCAAGCACGAACCUCGGACGAAACACGCCCGAUGUUUCAGUUGGUGAAGCCAGCCCUAAAGCUUGGUCACCAAGGACCCCUAGUCACUGCGUACUCCGUAGUUGCAGCACUAAGGACCGAACCUCGUCCUGGAAGC